AGCCUCUGUCGAAACGUUCGCGAGCCAACGAUCGACGGAGGUGCCGAAGUGAUCACGAAUACGAUCUACUUUGUUGGGUACAGCAUCUCGUUGUUCACGCUGAUCGUCGCUGUCUCUAUUUUUCUCUACUGCAAAGAGCUUCGAUGCGUCAGAAACAACAUACACACGAAUUUGAUGUUGACCUACAUCCUGGCAGACCUGAUGUGGAUUCUAAACAACGUGAUGCAGGUCUCCAUGCAACCGGACGUGCCGACGUGCGUCUUCUUCCUGUCCAUGCUGAACUACUUUCAACUGACCAAUUACUUCUGGAUGUUCGUGGAAGGGCUGUAUCUGUUCCUGCUGGUCGUGAAAACUUUCACGGGCGACAACAUCAAGCUGAGGCUGUGUAUCAUUAUAGGCUGGGGUAUGCCGGUCCUCUUUAUCGCCAUGUGGGCUAUCGCCAAGUCGUUGGAUCACAACGUCACGAACCAUCCAAACCAGGAAAUCGCGCUGGGCAAGCACUGCCCCUGGAUGGUGUCGCACGCUUACGACUGGUUCUAUCAAGCACCUGCCAUUUUGGUCUUGUGCAUCAACGUCGUCUUUCUCUUCAUGAUCAUGUGGGUGCUGAUAACGAAGCUGUGGUCGGCGACGAACGCAGAAACGCAGCAAUAUCGAAAGGCGAGUAAAGCGUUGCUCGUACUGAUACCACUUCUUGGAGUAACUUACGUACUAGUGUUAACGGGGCCGACGGAGGGUCAGGUUGCUAAUGCAUUCUCCUACACUCGAGCCGCGUUCCUUUCUUCGCAGGGCCUGUUCGUUGCGUUAUUUUACUGUUUUCUAAAUACCGAGGUGCAAAACACGGUGAAACACCAUAUCGAACGAUGGAGCACAGCCCGCGAUCUGGACACAGAAAGAAGAUUGUACUGUCCACCGUCGAACCCGUACAGAAAAAGGGACUCGUCCGUAAGCGAGACGACCACAACGACCGUGAUAGGAUUAAACUCGACGACCACGUUCCUAGAUAAGUCGAAAAAGGCGAUUUCCGAGGAUCUGAACGAAUAGGGACGAUUCUAAUUCCAACGAUGAUCCAGUUGGAACGAUCAUUAAAACUAUUAUCAACACGUUGAAGAUGUCGUCGAGCGAAUCAAGAUUUUAAGAGAUGUUUAUUCUUUUUCCUCGUUUGUUGCCUCCCUUUUUUGUAUCAGCGAGAUACAAAGGAUGGAAACAAUCCCUUGAGAUGACUUCGAAGGAAGUUGUCGUUUAGAAAACAAAUGAAUUAUUGCUAAUUUUAUAAAUAUCGGGAAAGGAGAGAGGACAUAGAGAGCCCGAGAGGAAAAAGAGAUUAUUAUUAUUAUAUAUAUUGGGAAAAUAAAGUUGAAAAUUAGUUUCAAUGAA